AUGGCAAUUUCUCGCAGAUCUCCACAAAUUUUAUCUACCGAGUCUGACUGGUCAAGCCCAAUAAUUUCUCCAGAGUCAAACAAUGACCCCGCCGACAACCAGAAAUGUUCGUAUGCGGACCAAGUACCAAAUCGCGGUCGCAUAUUGGAAAACGCUGUCUUCCGGUACUCACAUCAAGGAACCUACCAAAUAUGUGGGUUCUUCUCAUUUGGGCCAAUUCUAAGCAUGGAGAUGGCCAGGACGAUUCGAGCCCGUCUUGAAGAAGCGCCAACUCUUCUAUUACAUCCAUAUGCUGCUGUUAGACGAACUUUCCUACGCUGCACAGCCAACCAAACACCGUGCAACAGCACUGAUUGGUCAAAUUGUGCCUCUGCAUUGGAGACAUUAAGGAAUGCCGUAAUCACAAGAAAGGACCAUGUUGGAGGUUUUCUAUCGCUGGGAUUGAGUCUUGUGACAUUUCACCGGCUGAUCUCAGGAGCAUCGGCUAGCACUAUUUGCCGAUAUACGCUGUCUCUCAUCCGACCAUUUUACUACUCCGGGCAACUCAACCAAUCGGACACGAGAGAAAUCUUGUGUCUUAUAUUCCUGGACACAACGCAGUCACUAUUCCGAGCACAAAUGCCUGUCAUUCAAUAUCAAGUGGAAGACCCUUAUCUGGUUGAUCAGCACGCUGGUCUAUGCAGCACUCUUCUUCCAUUACUUUAUCGAGUCUGUAUUCUGGCCACUGCGAUCAGAACCAAGAAAAUCGAUGAUAUACCCGACUCUAGUUCCUUCGACCGUCUUGUAACAGAGCUGAAAGAAUGGGCUCCGCAAAUUUCCCAAGCUGCCCUAGAUCGAUUUUCAGACAACGAGAUGAUGUUACUAUUAGCCCAAGCAAAUAUGCACCGCACAACUGCGCUUUUAAUUUUACAUCGGUUGAAGUUUCCUUUCGGGGAACACGAUUCUCAAGCAAAAGAGCUUUCUCAAUCUCUUGUCUGGAAUGUGAGUCAUUGUCUUGAUGUCGUGGGACACUAUCCUCCUAAUAUUACUUUGGUUUUGUUAGUCGCAGGGGCAGAGGCACAUGAUGUGGCUGAAAGGCACAGAAUACUUUUUUUAAUUGAGGGGAUUCGGGGUGCCGCCUUUUACCCCUUUGUGUCAAACCUGCGCAUGCUACUCCCUCGCGUGUGGGCUGAGCUGGAUCUGAAAUCUGUGCAGUAUCUUUUCUGCAUAUUUGAAAGAUACCCACAGCUUAGCAUCCCUCUUUAA